AACUGUUUUUAAAUGUAACGUUACGUCCAUUUCGCUUGCACGGACAGUACCGUAGAGCACGCUAUUCGAGUUGUUAACUCUCUUUUUAAAAAUGAACAAAGUUAUUUUACCAAUUUGUCUAUACGUGCUGUUUUACCGACAAGUUUUAUGUGGCGAUGUUGGCCCCAUUGGAGGGUUUAUAAGAUCGAAUCUGGUUGGUCAUCCCGUCAUCCAUGAGGAACAGAGUUGGAUCUUCGACCCUGAUGUGGCUUUGCGAAGAAGAAAGCAGUUUAUCGAACUAAAUGGUGAUAAGGGAGACAAAUUGAUUGAGAGACUCGGUUUAGGUAUAGAUGGGUACGACGAAGAGAGAUUAAAAAUACAAAGGGUUAGAGACGAAGGGCAUUUGGGUGGUUUAAAUGCUUUAUUACCAUAAAAUUAGUUUGAAAAAGGAUUAGUUUUAGAGCUUAAGAACUAAUUUUGUUAUUUCUAGUCUACACUGUAUUCAAUAAUUAAAAGUAUUAACUUAUCUUUUUCUUUUUUUUAAUUGUCAUUGAAUUUGCUGUAAAUUUAAGUAUGUUAUCUCGCUUACUCUCUCUAAAAUACCUGAGACCACUAUAUAAGAAUAUUUCUCAAGUAUUUCAAUAUUAUUAGAUGUUAUUGUGCGGUUUUGCGACCAAAAAUGUAGAUACCGACUGUCUAAAUACGGUUCAGAGAAACAAAGGAAGGUUGACUAAAACACAAGUUUAUUUGAAUACUUCGAUAAGAGCUUGGUUUACUUUU